CGUUUACCACGGACUACAAUUCAAGAGAGUCAUACUCAACCUGCACCGGCUGUUGCAUCUACAUCGUCAAUGACGUGGAACCGUUUUCAGCCAUUAUCUGCUGCUGCUGUUGCAUCUUGUUCAGCGCUAACCUACAUUCAGGAGACUCAUCAUCCCACGGCAGCUGCAUCGUCGACCUUAGAAGGAUAUUCCGACAUCCGGGAAACUCAUCCUUCUCAAAUAGCUGCUAAUUAUAUGAAGUCAACAAUGAAGUGCGAUCUCCAGCCGCAUGGUUCAGCAAAUCAGACCUAUAAUACUAUUCAGCAGACUCAUCCGGCAGCCACCGCCACACAAUGCAGGAACAAUGACUGCAACCAGUUGCCUGUCUCUUCACAUAGAAGUGGUAUUGCACCAGUUGAUGAUGAUCCUAAUAAGCUGUAUUAUACAGAAGAAUUUACUGGUUCAAUCGGGACAUAUGAUCAGGCUGCAUGGAAGCAGGAGAGCGAGUUAGAUAAUCUUACUUUUGAUACAGACUCAUUUUUGAAUUGGUUAAAUAUUAAUUUUAGUUCUUAAACUUUUAAUUUAAAAAAUUUUUAGUAUCCAA